AUGCCCCCCGCAGAGUCAGAGGGUUUCUUCCGUCCCGAUAACCAACUCCUCUUCAACGAAAGCCCUCCAACUAACAACCCCAUCCCCGUGCCAGAACCAACCGGAAAAAAGAAGAAGAAGGGAAAGGAUAAGAAUGGAUCUAAAGGAAAAGAUACACCAGCCAAAUCCAUACCGCCCAUGGAGUCAAACGAUAUCCAAUUCUCACCACCGUCCCAAUCAGACCCAUCCUCAUACCCCGGAAAUGUCUUCACCCCGGCUGUCACCAACCCUGCUUUGUCAUCGGUCUCGCCGGUGUUAGACGCGUUAGGCUCCAUCAACCAUGUCGAAAGUGAUACCGCCACACGGACAGGAGCAUGGGCAAAAUCAGUUCCGUUCGGGAAGAGUCCUCCGACUGAUCUACCUGAUCCUGGAUUUAGCAGCGAUUCACCACUAGGUAUUCCGCUCCCCUUUGAACGUCCAGGAUUCGGUAGUCUCAUAUCCUCUUCGGCGUCCCCUCCACCAGCUAGGGCAAGGCCUACAAGUACAAGCUACGGUCACUACGGCAUUACGCCGUCACCUCAUCGUUCGGUAGACCGACAGAAGCGCCAUUCUAUGGGCAGCCAUCUCCAAACGCAGCCCCCAUUACCUCACCUCCCCCAGGCUCAUUUCUAUGGCGCCCCGGAAGUUGACAUUCCGACGCCAAAUCGACUUGGUACGGAUAGUCAAUACUCAUUCUGCGGCUGGGAUAUUAUAUCCGAACAGUCCCUCAAGUCAAGCAAGAUGGGAGGACGAGUACUUGUAGUAGGGACUGAUGGGGGGCUGGAUGUUUUGGCGGUCGAGGACCAGAGAGCUCGCACCGUGGGGAGUCUGACUGGGUUGAAUGGCCGUGUCUUGGAAGCCAAGAUUCUGUCAAAUACAUCCAGAUACGAUCCAUACGCGUCUUCACGUCCCCAUGUAGCCGUUAUUCUUCACGGUCCCAUGGCUCACAAAGAAGAAGCUGCAGAGAUUUCUUCUGUGGGAUCCGAACAGAAUGAGAUCCUUCCGGGCUUGCCAGUGAAACCGGCAUCCAGUGAGCAAAGACCCCAAAGCAAAGAGGAAACGGUAUAUCAAACCAGCGUGGAGAUCUACUCUAUCAAGACCGGAGAGCACAUCACAAGCCUUUUUCAGAGCAAACCUGCUCCUUGUUUUGACAAUUAUCCAAAUUUGUCGUUGUUGGCGCCACCCCCUGUUGGAAAUUUGAAACUACACGCUACUCACAAUUACCUUGUUGUUGCUUGUGGUGUAAGUGGCGAAGUAUUUAUCUAUGGGGUUGUACCGUCUGCUGCUGGAUAUCAGUGUCUUGGGAAAACGUGGACCAGUAUUCAAACAAGAGAGUCCAGGCGCUACUCCACUUCAUCAAGCUCUACAGAUCCCGAUGGAUCUCAGAUUGAUGGACAGCAUGGGACGGUUGUGGAAAGUCCUAUUAUGUCUGUGCAUGGGCGGUGGCUAGCUGUUGUUCCACCCGCAUCUACAGCAAGAGCUCCUCCUUCAGGAAAAGUACCUGUGCACCUUAUCCAGAAGAGGUUACCUGGACUUGAUACUCACAUACCCCCAUCAAAGCCUGCUGUCAACUGCGCCACAGACCUAGGAGAGGGCGAAAGCUUAUUUGAUAAAGUUGCUCGAGGUGUGGCCCAAGAACUCGUCAAAGGUGCUCGAUGGAUGGGAGAUCAAGGACUUCAGGCAUGGAAUAACUACUGGAACAAAGAUCAGCAAGCGCAGAAUGGCAUCUCUCGUCGCUCUCCGCAGUUCGAAUCACAACAGGGAGCGCAUGGCUUGUUCCCUCCUACUCACGGACAGGAGACUGCGGGAACACCGCCAUCAGAGCCGGACUUGAUUUCGAUCUUUGACUUGAAGAGGAUGGAGGAGGGGCACGAUUCGAAAGGACCCGCAUCCGCGAUUAUAGCUACUUUUCAACCUCCAAAUGGGUGCAGCUUUCUGUCAUUUGGGCCCAACGGACAUAUGCUGCUCAGCGCCAGCCGGAAAGGCGAUGUGCAAUAUGUGUGGGAUCUUAUGCAAGCCAAGAAUUGCAGAUCUGCUGUCUUCUUGUCUGAUGAGUUGGCAAGCAACAGUGCUGCUACAGCUCAUGUGCGAUUGGUGGCACGCUAUUCACGUCUGACUACGUCGAAUAUUGUUGAUGUAGUUUGGACGCACCCAAUCGGAGAGAGAUUUGCCGUGGUUACACGCAAAGGGACAGUACACGUUUUUGACGUUCCUCGACCCGCCUUUCAAUGGCCACCCCUACGACGAGUGCAGUCCAAGUCCAAGCGCAACAAGCCUGAAGAAAAGCCAUCAGCAACGCCUAAUCUAGAGGAAUCGGGAUCUUCAAGCCCAUUUGCUGCCGCGAUGAAACUCGUCGGAGGCUCGACGCAGCCCAUCCUUGCGGCAGUGAGAGGCCGCGCUCCUAGUGUUGGGGCCAACUUUUCUGCAACGUCUAGCUUUGGCACUGCGGCUGGAAUUGGCGGUAAAGCGGUAGCAGCAGGAUUAAGCAAAUCGAUGGGCGCUGCGACUGGUACUGUCAAUACACUACGUCAUGUGGGAGAGAAUCGACUGCAUCUGGCCGGCUUCUCUAGAGACCCUGUACCAUUUCGUGUAGUUUGGAUACCUACUCGCAAUGAGUGUUUAUUAGGUGUUGUGGACUAUGGCAUAUUCAAAUUGUAUAAGAUCAAAUGCCACACGGACAGACAAAAAGGAAGACGACAACAGCCCGUGAUUGGGGCAAAGGUUCUUGAGCUCAAGCUUCCAUCUUACUUGCGGAACCCAUGCGGGCCACUGCAGAUUGGUCUACCUGCCGAUGGACAUAUCAACGGAAGCUGGACAUUGCCGUCUCACGUACCGCAUUCUUCCUCGGCGUCAAAAAUGAAGUUUCAACCAUUAUCGCAAGCAGAGAUUGAAACCAAUACUCCUUAUCAGCCUUUCCAUACUGACCGAAGGGUAAAUUUGCAUGUUUUUACUGAUGCGGCCCCUAUUUCCGGCCACGCCCAGGGGCCUUGGGUAUUCGGAAAUGACAUUGCUACUCAGAGGCUUCACGUGCGACCAAUCAACCAGAGUGAUGAAGAGGAAGAGGAAGUCAUGGAUCGAUUGAGUGGUGCACCGGAGAUGGAAAAUCUGAUCAGACUUGGAAACAGCACAGAUCAAGUUGAAGAAGUAGUCAUCACGACGAGGAGAAAGAAGAGACAUGCAGAUGUGCCAUCUGUUGCGUCACCAGCAGACGACGACGGAGGAUUUUUCGAGAAUGACUGCGAUAUAUUGGAUUUUGCACGAGAUCGAGUCUGA